AUGUCAAUAUCACCAUUAGAUUUUAUUCUAUUACAAUUUGGUCAACCGGGUUAUUAUUUAAUAUUUUUAUGUUUUUUAUUUUGUUGUUUACAAUUACCAAUUCCAUCCAAACAGCAAAAUGAUUAUCGAUCUAAAAUCAAUUUAUUCGGUGUAACGAAUAUCAACCAUAAUUCAUCAUCUAGUCAUUAUCAACAACAAAUAUUCGAUCAAUGUAAUAUCUAUAUUGAUCCUAUUUAUCAUUGGAAAGGUAAACAAUCAUGUCCAAAUGGUUGGGAAUAUUGGUGGCCAUCAUCAUCCAAUAGUGGAAAAAACCUUGUUACUGAAUUUAAUCUAGUUUGUGAACAAAAACAAUCACUGUUGAUAUUAAUGAAUUUAAUUUGUUUAAGUUCAUUAUUUGGUGCAAUAAUAUUCGGUACAAUUGCAGAUCGUUUUGGUCGUUGUCGUAUAUUAAAUUUAACUAUUUAUUUGUUUAUUGCAUCAUCAUUAUCUGUUUAUUUUGUUCAAGAUUUUUUACAAUUUUUAAUUUUUUAUAAUCUACAAAUAUUUUUUGUUAAUGGAUUACAAAUAUCAGCAUAUAUACUAUUGCUGGAAUUAUAUCCAACACCAUAUCAAUUACGUGCAAAUUUUUUCUGGUUUAUAUUCUAUUCAUUGAUAUUAAUAUUAAUAUCAUUAUUAGUAUUAGCAAUUGAUGAUUGGCGUUAUAUGCAAUUAUCGAUUGCAAUACCAAGUUUUGCAUUCAUUACCUAUCUGUUUGUAUUACCAUCAUCACCAUUAUGGCAAACAAUUGUUAAACAAAAUCAAAAAUCAGCCCUAAAAACAUUGAAACAUUUUAGUAAAUUUAGUCAAAAUUCAACAACCCAAACAACAGCGAUUUCGUUGAAUCAAAUUCAACAACAUUUACAGAAUUUAUUUACAUCAACAUUGACUGUUUGGAUACAGCCAUCAUCGUUUGAUCAACAACAACCAUUGAAUAAUGAUGAUUACAGUAUUCAAUCACCAUCAUCGACAAUCAUUCAUCAACAACAACAAACCCGACCAAGUUUAUCUCGUCCUGGACCAAUAUUACGUUGGUUUUUAUUAACAAAUUUUUAUCUAUUUUUCGUUUUAACAAUAUUGAAUUCCUUUAUAAAUACAAUUUAUAAUACAUUAAUUGAUUUAUCAUUUAUAAUUUUAAUUUAUCAUCUUACAAUUUGGCUUGGUAGUCGUAUUAUACAAUCAUUAUUAUUUUUUAUAAAUGGCCUUUUGAUAAUCGUAUCACUUGUAUUACGUGAAUAUCUUAUUGUUUAUAAGGCAAAAGUUGAACAAAAUGAUUUUGAUUAUCGAUUAUUAUUAAUACCACCAAUCUUAAUGGUAAUUGCCCGAUCAAUUGGACGUAUAAUAUUGAUUUUUAUUUCAUUUCAUGCAGUGAAAUCAAUACCAACAAAUAUAAGAGCUACCGGUUUUGGUUGUUGUAUAUUUUGGAUGCAAAUCGCUCGUAUUAGUAUACCACAUUUGAUUGUUUUAUCAAAUUAUCUUCCAUUUCAUUCAUUAGAAUUAAUGUUUGGUAUAUUAGCAUUAUGUAAUGGUGGUUUAUCAUUAUUAUAUCCAAAUUUAGAACAAAAACCAUUACCAAAUACAUUGAUUGAUUUGGAAGAAACAAAACAAUAUUUAUCAUCAUCAUUCCAAUCUUCAAAAUCAUCAACAAUGGCCACAACAACAAGAAGGAUUUCAUCAUUAUCAUCUUCGAAACGUUAUCCAAGUUAUCGUGAUUUAAAAACAUUUAAUCAAACAAUAAAAAAUCAACAACGUUCAAAUGGAAAUGACAUUUAUAUGAUUAACAAUGGUAAUGGUGAUUUAUUUUCAUUAUCAUCCAAUUAUAAUACGAUACAUUCAACGCGUCAACGUUCAUCGCCACCAACAACGCAGAACCUGAAUAAUGGCCACGAAAUCCUAAUUCAUCGAAAUGAUUUACAAAAUUCAUUAAAUUCAUCAAAUUCAAAUUCAAAUGGUGAAAAUCAUACCGAAACAACAAACAGUGAUGAACGAAUAUCAUUAUCCGAUUCACCAUCAAAUUCAUUUCAAGCACAAAUUAUUCAAACAAGAAAUAAUAAUUCAAGACCAUCAUAUAUACCAUAUAAUAAUAAUGUUGAUGAUCCAUUUUUACAAGAACUAAAUAGUAGACUUCAUCAAUCACAUGAUGUUUAAAUAUUUUUUUUUAUCUUUGUUUUUUUCAUAAUUAAA